AUGACCCACUUGAGGAGAGAUGCAAAGGAGCACACAAGUCCAGGGUGCUACAUUUUUUUUUCUGCAUCCUUCUUGCAUUAUGAGACCAACUUGCUGUACAUUUGGUUCAACUGGUCUGCAGUCGAUGCUUUGAGAGCUAUCAGAGGCAGCUUGAGUGAUCCACUGGGACGUCUCGAUAACUGGAACCGUGGAGAUCCGUGCGUCGGAAAUUGGUCCCGUGUUAUCUGUUACAAUGUAACAGCAAGCGAUGGAUACUUUCAUGUGCGGCAACUGGAGCUUCUACGGUUAAAUUUAUCUGGGACUCUAGCUCCUGAGCUUGGCCAGCUGUCUCGCAUGAAAAUAUUGGAUUUUAUGUGGAACUCAAUUGGUGGGAGCAUUCCUAAGGAGGUUGGCAACAUUACUUCCCUGGAACUAUUGCUCUUAAAUGGGAACCAGUUGACUGGUUCUUUACCAGAGGAAAUUGGCUUCGUUCCUAAUUUGAAUAGGAUUCAGAUUGAUCAGAACCAUAUAUCCGGAUCCAUACCUAAAUCAUUCGCUAACCUGAACAAAACCGAGCACUUUCACAUGAACAAUAAUUCAUUGAGUGGUCAAAUUCCACCUGAACUGUCCAGAUUACCUUCCCUUGUUCAUCUAUUGUUGGAUAACAAUAACUUAUCUGGCUAUCUUCCUCCAGAAUUAUCGCAGCUACCAAAACUGCUUAUCGUCCAGCUAGACAAUAACAACUUCUCGGGGAGUUCAAUUCCUUCAUCUUAUGGCAAUAUCACCACACUUCUGAAGUUGAGUUUGAGAAACUGCAGCUUGGAAGGUCCCGCUCUUGAUGCCAGUGGAAUACCGCAACUUGGCUACUUGGAUAUUAGUUGGAAUCAGUUGACGGGUCCCAUACCAUCUGGCAAACUAGCGAGCAACAUAACUACAAUAGAUCUUUCCCACAAUCGUCUUAACGGUUCUAUUCCUGGAAGUUUCUCCGGCCUUCCUAAUCUCCAAAGAUUGUCAAUGGAGAAUAAUAACUUGGAUGGUUCUGUUCCAUCUGAUGUCUGGCGAAAUAUUGAUUUCAGUGGAAAUAGAAGCCUGAUAUUGGAUUUCCAUAACAACGCUCUCACGAAUCUAUCAAAUCCUCUUACACCCCCUGCGAAUGUUACCAUCCUGUUAUCUGGAAACCCCAUAUGCACAUCGCAAAAUCAACUGAAUAUAUCUCAGUAUUGCCAAUCAAUUUCAGUUGUUGUUCCUGGAGGUUCCACAAAUAACAAUACACUUUGUCCGCCAUGCUCAACCGACCUUCCUCACGAAAACAUACUAAGGUCACCAAUCCCAUGCUUAUGUGCUAUUCCACUUCACGUCGAUUACCGGCUGAAGAGUCCAGGAUUCUGGGAUUUUGUUCCGUACGAAGCUGAAUUUCAACACUACUUAUCAUCUGGUCUUUCAUUGUCUUCGUAUCAAUUGGAAGUCUCUACUUUUAUGUGGGAAGAAGGCCCAAGACUGAAGAUGAACCUUAAGCUUUUCCCUAACAACACUCCGUUGUUUAACUCUGGUGAAGUGCUGAGACUGAGGGACAUGUUCACAGGGUGGCUCAUCACAGACUCGGAUAUAUUUGGGCCCUAUGAGCUUAUCGACUUCAUCCCAGGGUGGUAUGAAAAUGUACUACCGCGUCGUACAGAGUCCAGUCUCAGUACAGGUGCCACUGUUGGUAUUGUCAUCGCAGCAUUUGCUGCAGCGGCAAUUCUUUCAUCCCUCGUUACUCUAAUUAUAUUGAGAAGGCGUUCAAGUCAAAUUUCAAAGAGACGCACUGCGAAAAGAAUUCAGAUGAAAAUUGAUGGCGUAAGAGACCUCACUUUUGAAGAAUUAUCAAAUUGUACAAGCAAUUUUAGUGACUCGGCACUAAUUGGUCAAGGAGGGUAUGGAAAAGUAUACAGGGGGGUUCUGGCUGAUGGAACAGGAGCUGCAGUAAAACGUACACAACAGGGAUCUCUUCAGGGUUCAGAGGAGUUCUUCACAGAGAUAGAAUUGUUGUCCAGGCUGCAUCACCGAAACCUGGUUUCUUUGGUUGGAUAUUGCGAUGAAGAUAAUGAGCAGAUGCUGGUGUAUGAGUAUAUGCCAAAUGGUAAUCUACGUGAUCAUCUUUCAGCUAAAGCUAAAGAGGCUCUAAGUUUUCCCAUGAGGUUACGAAUUGCACUGGGAUCAUCACGAGGGAUCCUCUACUUGCACACGGAAGCAGACCCUCCGAUAUAUCAUCGUGACAUCAAGUCUAGCAAUAUUUUAUUGGACUCGAAGUUUGUAGCAAAGGUUUCUGAUUUUGGUCUCUCGAGGCUUGCCCCACUGCCGGCAAUGGAGGGGGUCGCCCCUGGUCAUGUGUCCACUGUUGUGAAGGGUACCCCGGGUUAUCUUGACCCGGAGUAUUUCCUCACGCAUAAUCUGACGGACAAGAGCGACGUGUACAGCCUCGGUGUCGUUUUUCUGGAACUGCUGACAGGGAUGCAGCCCAUUUCUCAUGGGAAAAACCUGGUCAGAGAGGUUGUGGCGGCGAACCAGUCAGGGAUGAUAUUGUCGGUGGUGGACACACGGAUGGGUCCGUGCCCGUGGGAGUGCGUGGAGAGGUUCGCGGCGCUGGGGCUGCGGUGCUGCCGGGACGAGACGGACGCGAGGCCGUCCAUGGUGGAGGUGGUGCGGGAGCUGGAGACGAUAUGGCAGAUGACGCCAGAGACGGAUAGCGUGCCGUUGGAGUCCGAGUCUCGGUGUCCAUGGACCCCGGGCCGCACAGGCACGCAGCUGUCGUCGUCGUCCGCCGGGGGGUUGAUGAUGGCCUACCAGUACAUGUCGUCCUCGGACGCCUCCGGCAGCAACCUUCUCAGCGGCGUGGUGCGCAGCACCAACCCUCGCUGA